CUGAAGGAGAUAAGCAAGCGAACAGACGACUAGUUCACUCCAUGAUCUGAGCAUCUCCUGACCUGAUAAACGACAUCUUCAAUACUACACUUGCAGAUGGAGAACUCCUCUGAGCCUUCUCGUUGGGUGUCCCCCAGUCUGCUCAGUCCAGACCCAUUGGCAAACUACACAACAGACGCUGGUUUACUGCCACCCGUGGAUGAAGAUGAGCCUUUCUACUCAAGCUCUGAGACUGACCUACUGCCAUCGUAUUAUUCCACCAGCGUCCAGAGCCGAGCCACGUCGUCAUACAGACACAGUCCAGUUCGCCAAGUCUAUUCAUCUCAGUCAAUUCUGGGAAACAUCCAAUGGCUGGACAACUCAGCAGGUCACUCUCUAAACUCUCCCUACAACCCCACAUCCACCGUCUGGUCCAGUAGCCCUUUCGCAAAAACACCUCUCCACUCUCACACCUCCACGUCCAUCUACCAGAACACCGCCACUCCAUCUUUCACCUCCCCCAAAGAGGGCUUCCCUUCCCCGAGUCGUGAUGGAAAAGAUAGUCCCAGGCUCCAGGAAGUCCUGAAAGCCGAGCGCUUGAGUCCCAUGGGUGGAGGUGGAAGCAGCUUUCUCAAUCUGAGUUCAGCCACUGGAGGAGUUUACGGCCCUUCUCCACACAUGCUGAGUCCAUAUGGAUCCUACAUGAGCACAUCUCAGGACUACAGUUCAGCAGCGCUCUAUUCUUCUGCGGGACCCUGGAUGAGCCCUUCAUCGUACUCACCCAAACUGCGCAACAAGAUGAGACUUUCGCCACCUGAGGCUCGUGAAUGUGUGAAUUGUGGUGCCACCGCCACCCCUCUGUGGCGUCGAGAUGGGACAGGCCACUACCUCUGUAAUGCUUGUGGACUGUACCAUAAGAUGAACGGCCAGAACAGACCCCUCAUCAGACCAAAAAAGAGGCUGAUUGUCAGCAAACGUGCUGGAACGCAGUGCGCCAACUGCCACACUAGCACUACGACACUAUGGAGACGCAAUGCCAGCGGCGAGCCUGUGUGCAACGCCUGCGGCCUCUAUUUUAAACUGCACAAUGUCAACAGGCCUUUGACAAUGAAAAAGGAUGGCAUACAAACACGAAACCGCAAGGUUUCAAACAGAAACAAGAAGGGCAAAAAGAAUGCAACUUCAGAGAUUUAUCCUGACAUGUCUCACAUGGCACCUCCAGAUGAGCAUGUAGGAGCGUACUCUUUGAACCCAGGACCCCUCCUGUCCUACAGUCACCCAGCUCAUCUAAUGCCACCUUCCACCUUACACUCCUCUACCAGUUUGCCCUACACCCACCACCCAAACUCUGGCAUGAUGCCCACACUAGUGUGAAGGAAACAUCCACUGGACCAUAAUGAGGCUUGUAAAUGAUGUUGUACACACUUUUUGUUUCCCUCCAUAAAUGCAUCCCACCCUUUUUUUAAUGAAAGAGAUGCAUUAAAGCUGCUCCAUAUCCGCUGCAGUCAAACAGCUUGUCAGUGAUAUUUGAACCUGUUGUGUAGUUGAAUAGUAUAACAUGGCUGAAACUGUGAGCUAUAUCAUUUAAAUGUAAAUAUUGAUGAUUGUAUGGCUUAUUUGUGCUUUAAUCAUACUAUUACGACUUCUUUUGAGACGUUCAAUAAAUGUCUUGUACUUAAAGAGCCCCUAUUAUGCAUUAUAAAAGGUCAUGUUUUGAUUUUGGGGUCUCCAACAACCGGCUGAUAUGCACACAAUGUCAAAAAACACUUUCAUUGUCUUAUAAUAUGCAUUUAUUUUUACAUAACUAUCCUGAAGAUUCCCAUAUGGUUUAUUCAGUGAUUCAUUUAUUCCAAAACCCCUCUUAAGCGUGAAGCUAAUUUGUGGUGAUUGGUCCGAUGACCCAGUCUGUUGUGAUUGGUCGACUGUGUUUAGCUUGAGACAGUGAGAAACACCGACAACGGCUAUGAAGUAGCAGAGUAUGUGAGAGCCCAAUGCAGGAAUGUAAUAAACCAAUGCAGUUAAACACCAGCAUGUUACGCUACUCUUAAAAAAAACAUUAAACAAAAGUUGACCUUUUUGGAAAAUUGACCACGCUGCGCGUGUAGGAAAAGUUGAGGGUGGCUAUAGCAAAGGCAAACGGCAGAGGAUCAUAAGCACAAAAUGCAUUUAAAUCGGUAAAGGAAGAAGCACACGUCGUGUUUUCAACAUGGUCUUGGAUGCAAUAAGUAAAUAUCCCCAUACAGAUUUAACCUGAGUGAUAAAAUACAAGCACUGAUCUAUAAUAGAUACGUGACCACAAGCCGCACGAAGCAAUUACAACUUACAACACACGAUUAAACACAAAUUUUGCAAACUACACAAAAUGAGGCAACCAUUUUAAUCACACUUACAGGUUUAUGAUCCGGAGGAGGAAGAAACUGGUCCAUAUGAACUGUAACAGUUACUGACAAAGUCCCAUACAAAAUAGUCUCUACUGCUCCUUCCUUUAAUAGCAAAUGGCAGACCAACCCUGCGUUACAGCAUAGGUUAUUGUAUCAAAAAUCUGAAAAAUGACAGGAACAUACACAGCACACGGUUGGCUAUCCUGUGGUGUUUACUAGAACCGUUUAUUCCUCACAGCCGAAUCUCCAUCCGUCAGUGAUUGUCAUUUUCGUGUCAUGAUCAGUCCAGUGAUCCCCUGUGCUUCGCUAGUGUCUGAAGGGAAAGGCAUGUUCACGUUUUACCGGAACCGCACUUCAUAUUUGGAGAUUUACCAUAUCAACGACGAUGCAAAAUAUCCGAACCCAACUUGAUUAAUUUAUUCGACUCUGAGUCAACUAUUUCGUUAAAGAAUUAAGUUUUAAACACGGUGCACUUUCAGAUUUAAACCUCAGUUGGAUGCUUUCAUUCACUUAGAGCUUUGUUACACACUGCAUGGAAGCUCAAUUUUUAAAAACCCUUAAUAGGGGCUCUUUAAAAGUUUUGAGGUUGAAAUAUUACAAGUUACAUACUGACAGUACUGAUACUACAGUAUGUUUUUAAAAUUAAACGCACUUCAAAAUCA